AUGCCCUCCGGAGGUUGCCUUUGCGGUCAACUCAAAUAUGAGUACACAGGCGAGCCUAUCAUGAAGGCGAUAUGCCACUGCAUAACUUGUCGACAUGUCAGUGGCAGUGUGUUCACGACCAAUAUCGUCGUCCCAGAAGGGAAUUUCAAGAUUACAACCGGGACGCCCAAGACAUAUGCAACGACUCAGGAUAGCGGAAUGACGUUGACAUAUUCUUUCUGCGCCAAUUGUGGGUGUGUCAUCAACAAGGUCGGAGACGCUGAGGGUUUCCGCGGUGUGGUUCUCAUCGUGGCUGGAUCUCUUGAUGAUGCCUCCGGGGUGGAGACAGCAGAGCCUGGCGUGGAGUUCUAUGUUAGCAGGCGGGCCUCGUGGCUUCCAGCACUUGAUGGCAAAGGACAAUUGCAAGAGUUUGCUUGA